UCUCCCCUGCGGCCCUUGGAGGCGGGCGCAGCCCCGGUCCGUAGCCCCGGUAUCAGGAGCCUUCCUGGGCCACCCCCGCUUCCUCGCAGAUAGGCUCUCCUUUCCAGAGUUGCCAGAAUGCAGGCCCAGGCUGUGCUCCACAGCGGCUACUUCCACCCUGUGCUGCGCGCUUGGCAGACCUCGGCCACGGUCUUCGAUGCCUCGAACCUCAUCUACCCCAUCUUUGUCACGUACGGAGUCAGCAAGCUGGAGGGGAUGCUCCGCCCCCUGGUGGCCGAGGGGCUGAAGUGCGUGCUCAUCUUCGGGGUCCCCACUGCACUCCCCAAGGAUGAAAGGGGCAGGGCUGCCGACUCCGAGGGCACCCCGGACCUCCCGGGUCUCCGUGAUGAGCUACAGUGCCAAGUUUGCUUCCUGUUUCUAUGGCCCUUUCAGCCUCCUGCCAUCUCCCUGCAGGUCUCCGUGAUGAGCUACAGUGCCAAGUUUGCUUCCUGUUUCUAUGGCCCUUUCAGAGAUGCUGCGCUGUCCAAACCUGCGUUCGGAGACCGACGAUGUUACCAGCUUCCCCCGGGCGCCCGGGGCCUGGCCCUGCGAGCUGUGGACCGGGACGUGCAGGAGGGAGCAGACAUGCUGAUGGUGAAGCCGGGGAUGCCCUACCUUGACCUCGUGAGAGACGUCAAGGCCAAACAUCCCACCCACCCGCUGGCGGUUUACCACGUCUCGGGGGAGUUUGCCAUGCUGUGGCACGGAGCACAGGCAGGGGCCUUCAACCUAAAGGCUGCCGUCAUGGAGGUGAUGACGGGGUUCAGGCGAGCAGGAGCUGACAUCAUCAUCACCUACUACGUGCCCCAGCUCCUGAAGUGGCUGAAGGAGGAACAGGCAUGAAGGAAACCUGUGGGAACGCGCAAGGACUCAAAUGCAAAAUGAGGAUUUUUAUGGGGCCUUAGAGGAACAGGGCUGAAUCCAGCCCCAGUGUAGGCAGGUCCAGCACCGCUGCCUGCAGAGGUGCUGCACCUGCCCCCUAGAGCCGGCUUGAGCCCGAAGAAGACACAGAAAAGCUGCUUUUAGAAAGUGUUUUUAGAAUUGGACUUAAUGCUGAGAGCCUCCCCUAGCAGCAAAACACUGUAGGACCAACCCUGAUCUCUCCAGCAACCUGCCUUGGAGAGGCGCCUUCUCACUGCCAUGGUUUAUUUUAAUGUCGCUGUGUAAUAGCGGUGGGUGGGUUUUGAGAUCAUUUGUAAAGGGAGCCCCCCUUCCCAGCCACUCCGGCACCCUGAUGUCUGUCUGUCUGUCUGUCUAGCCUGGUGUUGGUGACGCCUGCCCAUGGGUCACAGGAGGGCCGGCUCAUGGGGGUGUCCCAAGCGGUCACCGCGCUGGUCUCCUUGCCAGCACUAAUGAAAAGCUACAGCCCACAGCAGAGCUUUGCUCUCUCCUCUGGCUUUCCGCACGCAAAUGUAGCAGCAGCAGCGGGUGGCCGGAGGCAGGCAGGACGUCCCUCGCUGCGCGGACAAAUACUUCCCCUUGUCGACACCUGGCUGGCUCACACUGUAAUGUGGGGGCGCUGCCCUCCACGAGCUUUUGUGCCUUAAAUCUUGUUAGUGUCAUUGGUUCUGAAUGUGGCCCCACUGUCUCCAGAUCAGUGAUUCUCAACCCCUUCAUCAACGUGGGCCGCCUGUCUGCCCAACUGUGUUAACUGGGCUGCGGGGGGAGAACCACACCACCCGCCAACCCCCUCCCACCCUUCUGUCCAGUAGCCAUAACCCAGAGCCCCCUCUGCUGAGCCAUAGGGAUCCCCGCCCCUGUUGUGUGGGGCUAGGCACCUGCCCCCUGCCAUGGAGGGCCUUCUGGCAACCCUGACCCCAGAUUGGGCCUGCUGCCCCAGGGCCCAGUGACUCAAAUGGGCCCUUUAAAUCCCACGAGUCCCUUGCUGUGUGCUUCUGGCAGUACUUAGGGCUGCCUGGGGUCGGCUAGCCCUCCCUGCCCCUUUCCAGGGCACAGCUGGCCCUCCCCUGCCUUGCCCACAGGCCCAACAACUCUGUUUGCUCCAAUGCCGGUGCACAGAGCCUGGACCCCGCUGCUGUUUAGCACACAGCUGUGCCCCACCUGGGUCCUGACUGGGCCACAUGCAGCCUGGGCUGAGACCCACUGCUCUAGGGCGACAGGACAUGGGCUAGGCAGUGACCUGGAGUGCUUCUGUAGGAUCGCGUCCUGCUUGCUAAUGGGCCAGUGCACGUUCUAACACGCCUGGGGCGAGCACCCAGCAACCCAGCUGCGUGCACUCGCACUGGCUCUGUCAGCUCGCGGUUCCUUUCCCGUUCUCUAAAAACCAUGAGCACUGAAACGUUUCCCGUGUUCAGAGUUCCAAAGAAACAAAUGUUUUAACCCCACUGCUUGUUCCUGGGCCGUGUUUCAAACAGCAUCACAGUCAGCAGAACCAGGCAGCGAAAGCUGCCGUACUAGCUCUGGUAUCCAGCGAACACUUUAAAACAACUUCACCCUAACAGGCUAACGUGGUGUUAGUAACGGAGCGGGGUCCUGUCAUGUGAAAUGUGGUUCUUAAAGUUGGUGGUACUAUUAAAUGAUGUCCAGAUGCUUGAGAUCA